AUGGGAGGCGAGUGGGCUCUCCGCAGAGGCCAGCUUAGCCCGCAGGAGCUGCCUGUGAGCAGUGGGCGGGAGGGCACUGCCGCCCUGUGGCUGCUGGGCUUCCCGGAUCGCGGCUCUCUGCGCACGGACCCGCCUCGGCCCGCCUCGAUGGUCCCCGCGCACUCAGCCAGCGGCCUCUGCUGUGUCUGCUGCUCCUGCUGGGUCUGCUGCUGCGUCCGGUUACCCGUGAAGACCACGCCGGGCACCUCCAGCACCCCAAGUCCGCGGGAGCGCACGCGGGCCCUGAUGCGGGACUUCCUGCUUGUGGACGGCCACAACGACAUGCCCCUGGUCCUGAGGCAGUUUUACCACCACGGGAUACAGGAUGUUAAUCUGCGCAAUUUCUGCCAUGGCCAGACCAGCGUGGACAGGCUGAAAAAUGAUCUCGUGGGUGCCCAGUUCUGGUGAGCCUACAUCCCAUGCCGGACCCACGAACGCGAUGCUGUGCGCCUCACCCUGGAGCAACUUCACCUCAUCUGCCUCACAUGUGCCUCCUAUUCUGAGCUGGAGCUUGUGACCUCAGUUAAAGCUCUCAACAAUACCUGGAAGUUGGCUAGCCUCAUUGGUGUGGAGGGCGGCCACUCACUGGACAGGGGCCUCUCCAUCUUGCGUACCUUCUAUGCGCUGGGUGUGCGCUACGUGACACUCACCCACACCUGCAACACGCCCUGGGCACAGAGCUCAGCAAAGGGUAUCCACCCCUUCUACAGCAAUGUCAGUCGGCUCACCGGCUUUGGCGAGAAGGUGGUGGCAGAAAUGAACCGCCUGGGCACGAUGGUGGACUUGGCCCAUGUCUCGGAUGCUGUGGCACGGCGAGCCCUACAAGUGUCACAGGCACCUGUCAUCUUCUCCCACUCAGCUGCCCGGGGUAUGUGCAAGAACACUCGCAAUGUUCCUGAUGAUAUCCUGCAGCUUCUGAAGAAGAACGGUGGCAUCCUGAUGGUGCCCUUGUCCGAGUGGGUGCUGCAGUGCAACCCGUUAGCCAACGUGUCUACUGUGGCAGGUGAGCCUCACCCUGGGCUCUCUGAAAACUCGGAUUUGGAGCUGAAGCUGGGUCCAAAUUUAGGGAGGAUUUCAGAAGAGCCCCAGUGGUUUGACCCACCUACUGGCGAUAGAAACUAUCUCUUCCCCCACACCAGCCCCCAUGGCCCAGUCCCGGGAAACCGGGAGCCCAGAGCACUUGUGGCCACAGAGACACUGGCACGCUGCCCUCAGGGUGUGCGGGGCCGGCUGCAGGCAGCUGGGGACAAGGUGUGCUCCCGGGAGGCCUCCUGCUGA